CCUACGACAAUGUCAACAGGAUCAUCUGAGCGGCGUGAGCGAAGCGGGAAACAAGGGAGGAGAGGAGUUUCGCAAUGCGGCAGUAGAAUCCUGCCGUGUUGGAUUCUAGGGUUCUCGAGCGGAGUGAAAGGGUUUGGAGAGUCUGGAGACGAGAGUCUAGAAACGAAGUCAGGGAGUGACAAUGCGGGAGAUAGUUACCCUGCAGAUUGGAGGAGCCGGGAAUGCCAUAGGCGAUGCGUUCUGGCACGUGAUAUCCCAUGAGCACGGCGUGGACUACGCCUCCGGACGUUUUGGGGGCACCAGCCCGCUCCAGCUGGAGCGGAUCAACGUCUUUUUUAAUGCCACCGCGAGCAAGAGGUUCUACGCCCGGACCAUCAUCAUUGACACGGAAGCGAGCAGUAUACAGCGACUGCACGCGAGCAGCCAGUUGUACAGGCCGGAAAACUUCGUGGCCGGGUCGGAAAGCGCGGGCAACAACUUCGCCAGGGGCUACCACACCGACGGGGCCGAAAUCCUGGAGCAAGUACUUGAUAACACGCGUCGGGAGGUCGAGUCCGUGGACUCCCUGCAGGGCUUUCAGCUGCUCCACUCGAUCGGAGGCGGCACGGGCUCCGGUCUGACCUCUUUAAUAAUGGAGGCGUUGGUAGAGCAGUAUCCGGACAACCUGUUGUGCAAUUACGUUACCAUACCGUCGCCAAACAUGUCCCAGGUGGUCGUCGAGCCGUAUAACGCGCUUCUUAGCACACCCGCACUGGUGAACAACUCGCAUCUUACCUUCUGUCUGGACAACGAGGCACUUUUUCAGAUCUGCAAUCGAAACCUGAAGAUAAAAAUGUCAGGCUACGAGCACAUCAACCACAUAGUGGGCUUGACAAUGUCUGGGAUUACCACCUGCCUGCGAUUUCCUGGGCAGCUAAAUGCCGGACUACGCAAGAUCUAUGUAAAUAUGGUGCCGUUUCCCAGAUUGCACUUCCUCAUACCGGGGUUCGCACCGCUGGUCACCUGCAAGCAGCAGCAGUUUAGCAAAGGAACCGUAUCGGAGCUGGUUCAGCAAAUAUUCUCCAGCAACAAUCUUCUCUGCGCAGUUGAUCUGCGCAAGGGGAAGCUUCUGACGGCGGCCGGCAUAUUCCGUGGCCGGAUGUCUCCGCGGGAGGUGGACCAGCUGAUGACCGGGGUGCGGAACAAGAACAUUAACAACUUCGUCGACUGGAUACCGAAUAAUAUAAAGACUGCGAUUUGCGACAUUCCGCCCAGGGGCCUCAAGAUGUCGGCCACGUUCAUCGGCAACACGACGGCCAUUCAGUCGCUAUUUCAGCGUCUUCUCGAUGGCUCCACGGUGAUGCUGAGGCGCAAGGCCCAUCUGCACUGGUACACUGGUGAGGGCAUGGAGGAACAGGAGUUCAUGGAUGCACAGCAGGAGUUGCAGGCAAUCAUCGACGACUACCGGAGCAGUGCCGAGGGAGAGGACUCUGGUGGGGGAGGUGGCGGAAGCCGAGAUGACGACAGCGGCGACGAGAUCCCUGUCGGGCCAAGGUGUACCUACUGCGCGGAAUAAGAGCUUCUGCAUCCCAAUUGACGGGUGGCGGCUCCCCUCUCUACCAAGCCGGAGAUUCAGUGUAGGAACUAGCCAGGCACCCGAAUCAUUCCUUUGGUGCAUUUCACGAGCUCUUUAUACCUUUGCAGUACAUGUUCAUUUUGUCCAGAUUACUUCCGAUCCUAUAACCACCUUGAUCAAAAUGUUCCCGGAAUUUAUUGACAAAAUACUAAAUUUUACAUCGAAA